AUUUUAUAGUAAAAAAUGAUAGAAGAAGAAGGCGGGAAGGUAUUUAAGGAUAAGCAAUGCUGCUUAGGCAUUGAUGAAGCUGGUAGAGGCCCUGUACUGGGUCCUAUGGUCUAUGCCUGUUGUUAUUGGCCUAUUGAGUUUCAAGAUGCUAAUCCAGAGCUUUUCAAGGCUUAUGUGGACUCUAAGAAAACGACUGAGAAAGAACGUGAAGGAAUUUAUAAGAAAAUUGCUGCUGGAAGGGAUGAAGGAUUACUCAAUUACAAAUACUUUAACUUAGACCCAAAUGUGUUAUCAAAUGAUCAAUUAGGAAAUGUUAGAAAUCUUAAUGAGAUAUCUCAUGAUACAGCAAUAGCUCUGAUUGAGGCCACUAUUAAGGAAGGAACUGAUCUCAAGGAGGUCUAUGUUGACACAGUUGGGCCUCCAGAUAAGUAUAAGAAGAAACUUGAAAAUUAUUUUGCAGGUUCAGGAAUCUCUUUUGUAGUUGAAUCUAAAGCAGAUGACUCAUAUAGAUGUGUAUCGGCAGCCUCUAUUGUUGCAAAGUUUCAUAGAGAUGCUUUCCUCAAAAACUGGGAAUUUGUAGAGCCUGGAUUCAAAGAUCCAAGUCAUAAAGUUUUCGGUUGCGGGUACCCUGGAGAUGAUAUCACCAAGGAAUGGCUUAAAGAGCACUAUGACAAAGUCUUCGGGUUCCCUACAAUUGUCAGAUUUUCUUGGUCGACAUGAGACAGAUUUAUUAAUGAUCAGAAAAUGAAACCUGAUUCUGAGAAGAUUUCGUGCUAUUUCCCAUGCCAGAAAAUUAAGAAAGAAAGCUUCCUAACAGAAUCUUAUAUGCCAAAUACUGAUGAGAAGAAGGCUUUAGAGGAUAUCUCAGGACCAGCCAGGGUACUUGGCCUUCAGCCAUUUUAAUGAUU